ACGGGUGGAAAGAAUAAUCCUGUUGUUAUAGAAACGACUUUAAACAAUGUGGUGCAAAAACAAGUUCAGAAGAUUCUUCAUGGUUUAAAAGAAAAACAAGAAAAUUUAGAUCUUAAAGAGAGAAUAAGGAAAAUGGAAACUGAGCAGGAAGAGGUUAUUCCAAGGAAUAUUAGAGAUCAGAUAAAAAAACAAAUAGAAGACUGGGAAAAGAAAGAUAAGAUGUUUGUGUCUACAAGAGCUAGUGAUUAUGUCAUGGAAAGUUUACGGCACAAUAGUUGUGUGACUUUAACUGCCCCAUCAGGAGUUGGGAAAUCUUUUAUCAGUAGACAUACAGCACUUAUUUUACAGAAGGAAGGAUACAAUAUAACACCAGUGGAAUUACCAACAGACAUUAGAACUUAUUAUGAGCCUGGUAAACAGACAGUCUUCAUAGUAGAUGAUAUUUGUGGAAACUUCACUGCUAACCAACAACAGAUUGCGAACUGGGAACAACUGUUACCUGUGAUUUACACAAUUAUUGCAGACAAAUGUUGUAAGAUUAUUGUAACUUGUAGGUUACAAGUCUAUAAAGAUGAUAAGUUUGAUAUAUUAUUCCCUUUUAAAUCCUGUGAAUGUAAUUUGAUAUCAGAUAAGUUAUGUCUUACAUCUGUAGAAAAGAAUAUUAUAGCAAAAACCUAUAUUGGUACAAGCGUGGACGAUAUAGAUGAAUUAUCACAAAAUAGUGAAUUCUUUCCUCUUUUAUGCUCGUUAUAUCACGGAGGAAAAAAUGGAGAUGUUAUAGAAUUUUUCAAAAAUCCGUUUAAUGUCUUUCAAAGUAAACUAGACAAUUUAAGUAGGCAUGGUGAUGGAGGAAACUAUGAAAUAUGCAGUCUAGCUUUAUGUGUUCUCUCUAAUAAUCACCUAAAAGAAAAAUGGUUCCAGGGUAAAGUGACAGAUAAACAACAACAUAUCAUAAAAGACACAUUUGAUGCUUUUGAAAUCAACCGAAGUACAUCAAAGACAAAAUUAAAGAAAGUAAUUGAUACCCUAGAUGGUACUUUUAUAUGUAAACAGAAUGGUAUUUAUAGAACUGUACAUGAUAAAUUGUUUGACUUCCUUGCUCAUUAUUUUGGUCAGAAAAUGAUCGAAUGUUUGAUAGAUCAUGGUGAUUACGAUUUAGUACAUGAACGUUUUAUUUGGCAGAAAUCACAAGCUGACAAGAACAGUAACAUAGACUUCGUUAUUGAAAUACCAGAUGAUUAUUUGGAAUCAUAUUUUAAAAGGUUUAUAAAGGAAUGGUCAGCAGGAAAGGUGAGAAUUAUAUUCAUUAACACAAAUAUGACAGUAUCAUUAUUUAGACAACAGUUUUUACGGCACUUAAAACAACUGGACAAAUCACAGCAAGUAACAUUGGUCAAUACCAAGGAUACAGUGUUACCAAAAGAGCACCAUGAAUCAGGCACUACUUCACUGGUAAUGACUUGUUAUAAUGGUUAUACUGAUAUGGUUCAGUGGAUGUUACAUAAUGAUGUGGAUGUGGAUCAGUGUAGAGGUGAUGGGGUUAAUGGACUGUACAUGGCAAGUCAGGAAGGACAUAUUGAUAUAGUAAGGUUACUGUUAGAGAAAAAUCCUAACGUUGAUCUAUGUAACAAUAUAUUUGGCUUCAGUCCUCUGUACAGGGCAAGUCAGAAAGGAUAUACUGAUAUAGUAAAGUUACUGUUAGAGAAGAACCCAAAUGUUGAUCUAUGUAACAAAUUUGGCUGUAGUCCUCUGUUCAUGGCAAGUUUGAAUGGACAUACUGAUAUAGUAAAGUUACUGUUAGAAAUGAAUCCUAAUGUUGAUUUAUGUGAAAAUAUAUAUGGCUUGAGUCCUCUGUACAUGGCAAGUAAGCGCGGAUAUACUGAUAUAGUAAGGUUACUGUUAGAGAAGAACCCAAAUGUUGAUUUAUGUGACAAUAAUGGUUUUAGUCCUCUGCAUUGGGCAAUUCUGAAGGGAUAUACCAAUAUAGUAAAGUUACUGUUAGAGAAGAGUCCUAAUAUUGAUCUAUGUGACAGAAGAGGCUAUAGUACUCUGCACAGAGCCUGUCAGCAGCCAAAACAUACUAAUAUAGUAAAGUUACUGUUAGAGAAGAGUCUUAAUGUUGAUCUAUAUAACAAUAAAGGCUUGACUACUCUGUACAUGGCAAGUGAGGAAGGAUAUACUGAUAUAGUAAAGUUACUGUUAGAGAAGAACCCAAAUAUUGAUUUAUGUAACAAUGAUGGAUGUAGUCCACUGUACAUAGCAAGUCAGAAAGGACAUACUGAUAUAGUUAAGUUACUGUUAGAGAAGAGUCCUAAUAUUGAUCUAUAUGACAAUAAUGGCUGUAGUCCACUGUACAUAGCAAGUCAAAAAGGUCAUACUGAUAUAGUAAAGUUACUGUUAGAGAAGAACCCAAAUAUUGAUCUAUGUAACAAUGAUGGCUGUAGUCCACUGUACAUAGCAAGUCAAAAAGGACAUACUGAUAUAGUAAAGUUUAUACUGUUAGAAAAGAACCCAAAUGUUGAUCUUUGUAACAAUGAUAGCUGUAGUCCACUGUACAUAGCAAGUCAGAAAGGACAUACUGAUAUAGUAAAGUGUCUGUUGGAGAAGAGUCCUAAUGUUGAUCUAUGUGACAAGGAUGGCUGCAGUCCCCUGUACAUGGCAAGUCAGCAACGACACACUGAUAUAGUAAAGUUACUGUUAGAAAAGACUCUUAAUGUUGAUCUAUGCGACAAUAAUGGUUUGAGUACUCUAUACAUGGCAAGUUGGGAAGGGCAUACUGAUAUAGUAAAGUUACUGUUAGAGAAGAACCCAAAUAUUGAUCUAUGUAACAAUGAUGGCUGUAGUCCACUAUACAUAGCAAGUCAGAAAGGACAUACUAAUAUAGUAAAGUUACUGUUAGAGAAGAAUCCAGAUAUUGAUAUAUGUAACAAUGAUAGUUGUAGUCCACUGUACAUAGCAAGUCAGAAAGAGCACACUGAUAUAGUAAAGUUACUGUUAGAGAAGAGUCCUAAUGUUGAUCUAUGUGACAAGGAUGGCUGGAGUCCUCUGUUCAUGGCAAGUUGUGAAGGACAAACUGAUAUAGUAAAGUUACUAUUAGAGAAGAAUCCAAAUGUUGAUCUAUGUGAAAAGGAUUAUGGCUUGACACCACUGAUCUGGUCAUGUUUCAGUAACAACACCAGUGUAGUCCAGCUAUUGAUGAAACAUAAACCAAACAUUAAUGCCCAGACAUAUGAUGGUGUUACUUCCUUAUAUUUCAGUGCACUGAAUGGACACAUAGAGAUAACAAAGUUACUGUUAGAGAACUAUGCUGACUGUAAUAUAUGUAUGUAUAGUAAACAGUAUAUAACAGAUACAUUUAUUAACCAGAAAACAUUUGGCAAAGGAAGACAAUUGUUAUCUGAUAAUCUGGUAGAGAAUACAUCAUCACAUGUAACAGAUUAUGUCAGUGAUAAGUCAGAGGAUUAUUUCUUUGAUUUAGUAGCGGGAUCUUCUCCAUUACACAUUGCCUGUUUUAAUGGUAGGACAGAUGUAGUCUGUUGUCUUCUGGACCACAAUGCCAACAUCAACAUGAAGAAAGAAGAUGGCACCACACCAUUAUUUUAUGCAUGUGAAGUAGGACAUGAGGAUAUUGUACGUUUAUUGUUAGAUAAAGGAGCAGUUACAGAGGUAUGUAGACUUGAUGGAAAAUCCCCUUUAGACAUUGCAACAGAUAAUGGACAUACAUCUAUAGUAAUGACUGUAACAGAAAAUAUGAAGAAGGAGGAAACAAAUUCUGCUUAACUCUUGUUCUAUAGUAAGUGGUUCUGAAUGACAUGUAAAAAAAAAUUUCAACUUAGCCUCACAUUACUUGAAUAUUUCUUGAUUUUAUCACUAGGAAACCUAUUUGGUGUAGGUGCAGUUAAACUAUUCUGUUGAUGCCAAUGAAUACAACUGCACCACACGUAGUAAACAUUAUAAUUAUAUCAAAACUUAGUAGUUUUCAAUUACUUCAUUGUUUUACAUUUCUUUCUACUUGAGAGUCAGAUCAGUUUUUGUGCGAUUUAAUUUUCAUGCUAAAUGUUCCAUAUUUUACUGAUUUAUGAGAUAGUUACACUGUAUAUAAGUAUGGACUACCAUUGUAGGACAUAUUUAAACUGUAUAUAAGUAUGGACUACCAUUGUAUGACAUAUUUACACUGUAUAUAAGUAUGGACUACUAUUGUAUGACAUAGUUACACUGUAUAUAAGUAUGGACUACCAUUGUAUGACAUAGUUACACUGUAUAUAAGUAAGGACUACCAUUGUAUGACAUAGUUACACUGUAUAUAAGUAUGGACUACCAUUGUAUGACAUAUUUAAACUGUAUAUAAGUAUGGACUACCAUUGUAUGACAUAUUUAAACUGUAUAUAAGUAUGGACUACUAUUGUAUGACAUAGUUACACUGUAUAUAAGUAUGGACUACCAUUGUAUGACAUAGUUACACUGUAUAUAAGUAUGGCCUACCAUUGUAUGACAUAGUUACACUGCAUAUAAGUAUGGACUACCAUUGUAUGACAUAGUUACACUGUAUAUAAGUAUGGACUACCAUUGUAUGACAUAAUUACACUGUAUAUAAGUAUGGACUACCAUUGUAUGACAUAAUUACACUGUUUAUAAGUAUGAACUACUAUUUUAUGUUUAUUGCUAUGUUGGUUCAUAUUUUAAUGAUAUGCAUGAUUCCUGUUUUUCUACUAUAUGUUAUUGAUUUAUCUCGUCAUACGCAUGUAGAUUUAGUUUACAGACUAUAAUGCAGAUUGGCUGUCAUAAAGAAAGUACAAAUUCUGUUAGAAAAGCUAAACCUAAAUACAAAUAGAUAUGAAGUAUGGCUCAGUUUUAAACAGCGACCAAAAAUAAAUCGAGACUCGCAACUAAGCUUCAAAGCACCAGAGUUCUAAGAAGAUGUUAAUAGAUAAAACAGAUAUGACAAAAUGUUAUGUCAAGAUUCUUUAAACAAGGACAUGAAUGAGUUUUGACUAUAAUUUGUGAGUACUCAUCUUUGACGGAUAUUAUUUUAAGCAUUAGAAGAACAAAGUUUUUGGAAUGGUGUUGACAUUUUCUUCCUUUUGACUUGUCAAUGAUUCACUAUAUGGUCUUGUCUCGCCGGAUACAAAUGAUUGAGAAUGCGAGACAUACAAAUGCUUACCUGGCUGUGGCAGCAUAAACUUAUUUUUAAUUUUCUUUUCUUAUUUCAGAAGGUAGAAGAGUUGAAUGUUUAGAUUUUUAAUAUUCUUAAUUAUGAAGGUUCAAAGACUUAUUUUAAUUUAAAAUGUAAUGCUAAUUGAAAUUUUAUUAUUUAUUUAUGUUUGUACAUUUGUUAAUGUUAUGAUAACUAUAUAAAGAAAACAUACCUUAUUGUGAUGUCUACUUUGAUUUGUUCUCCUUGUGUUUAAAUAUUUUGUAAAUUUUAUAAUUCUUAUAUCAUUUAUGUCUUAGACUCACAGAAUAUGAGUAGUAUUUAAAAAACGUAUUAUAUUGAUAUGAAAUAAGCAUACAUUCCACAUUUUAAUCAAGUCUUAAGAUAUAGGAAAAAUGUGACAGUGACACAGAAUGUUAUAUUUGUUUUGUGAGGGUCUGGAUGGGAGGUCCUUCGUUUCUGUAUUCUUUAAUUUUCUAGGACAUAUUUCUUUAUCUUUUAAAAUAACGCCUAUUCUGUAAAAUUCUCCUGAAAAUGAUUUUACUGUUACAUCUGUAAUUACAUGAUUUCUUUAUUUUGUACAUCGUUCAAAUCUGUAAUCAGUAUUAUAUUACAUAAUUGGUUUAUUUGCCAAAGUCAUUUUUUUUAUACUUUUACAGCCUGUUAUUCUCAAUACUUCUCCAUAUGUAUUAACACAUAACUUUUUGAUAAAAAAUGUAUUGGUGUAAUUGUUUAUAGCUUGCUUAGGUGACAGCUUUUGCUGGUGUUAUUUUACUGAACGUAGAGAUUUUGUUAUUUUUCUCAUAGAACAGUUUUAUCAUGUGGGUUUUAUUUUACUGAAGACAGUUUGUUAUUUUUAUCAUAGAGCAGUUUUGUUAUGUGGGUGUUAUUUUACUGUAGUUAGUUUGUUAUUUUUAUCAUAGAACAGUUUUACCAAGCUGGUGUUAUUUUACUGAAGAGAGUUUGUUGUUUUUGAACUAACAACAGUUUUGUCAUUUUUGAUUUUUGCUAAUUGACGAAGAAGAAUUUUUAAAAUGGCAUCUAUAACUAUUUAAAAAAAAACAGUUUUAACUUGGCAGAUUCAACUAUUUGAGAAUAAUGUCCAUGUAAGACCAAUUUUCAAAUUGGAAGCUUUUUACAUUUUUGUGUCAUGCCUCUGUAUCUGUAGGAAAUACAUUUUUAACAUGACAGCAAUUACUGUUUUGGAGAAAUCCCCUGUAUAAAGUUAGCUUUCAAAUAACAGCUUCCACUGUUUUGGAGAAAUCCCCUGUGGAAAGUUAGCUUUCAAAUAACAGCAUCCACUGUUUUGGAGAAAUCCCCUGUAGGAAGUUAGCUUUCAAAUAACAGCUUCUACUGUUUGGGAGUAUUCCCUACGUCAACAAAAUUGAUAUUCACUAUAAUGUUUCUUUAACCUCAUUUACACAAAGGAUAUACUAUUUUUAGGACUUUACUGUCAACCAACAUUGCAAAUAUUUUAGAAAAUUAACAAUUGUAUAUUUUUUAAAGAAUCUGUAAUAUCAAAACCCCCCAUUUCCAAUAUAUUCCAAGACUUAGUUAAAUCUGUAGGUUGAUCAUUUGGCAAAACUUGGCAGAUUAUGGAAACCUAUAUCUUAGUAUUUAUACUAACAGUCAAGAGAUGUCAUGUGAACAAUGUAUACUGAAGUCUAUAGUAAAAGUUUUUGUAAAAUAACCACAAAAUCAAUCUUCAAGUAUUGUGAUAAAAGGACUCUGAAGGUUUGAUGUAUUUAAAUAUAUUUGUAAUUUAAAAUCUUUAGUAAAAAUACAUACUGAUUAUUACCAUUUUGUAAUAGUUUGAAUUAUAUAUUGUUUACAUUGUAAUAUAAAAAUACAUGUAUUAUGUUGAUAUAGAAAUACAUGUAUUAUGUUGAUGUGAUGAGAUAUAGAAAUACAUGUAUUAUGUUGAUGUGAUGAGAUAUAGAAAUACAUGUAUUAUGUUGAUGUGAUGAGAUAUAGAAAUACAUGUAUUAUGUUGAUGUGAUGCGAGUCAGAAACAAUAAUCAUAAUAAAUUGAGUUAUCAGUA